AUGGCGGAACUGGCCACAGUUCGCGCAGAGAUCAAGACAUGGGAACGGUCGUUCAAGGACAUCAAUGGGAGAGCUGCAACAGUCGACGACAUCAGGCAGAACAAUGACAUUGCUGCCAAAUAUAAGCUUUACAAGAAGCUCUCCAAGGCUGCUCCACCCUCGACUGUGAAUGCGCCAGAGAAAUCGAAAUCCUCCACUCCACCUUCCACGCCUCCAAGAUCGACGCGUCCUAAAGAUGCCCACACUCUCCUCCUCUCCAAACCACGCGCCAUACAACCCACCGCGCCGUUAGCCGCCUUCAACCCCUUCUCGCCUCAGAAGAAGCAGAAGGGAAAGGAAAAGGAAAAGAAUAGUAACAACCUAGCGGAACUCCCUCGUACCAACCUGUUUGGCAAGCUUCAGUCAACCCCCCGCCGGAAGCGUGGUCUGUCGCCCGACCCAUUUCCUCCUAUUCGGCCAGAACCCAAGUCGUCCACUGCUUCGAUGUCGAUAUUUUCUCUCGCACUGCCACCUGCUCCGACAAGUGCUGUAUCCCGAGCACGUAAACGACUCCGCGGAGAACCUGUGUCUCCUUCACCCAACAAGGAUAAAAGAAGACGCGUUACUUCGCAGACCACUCUCCCUUUCCCUCGACUCAACCUAGAAGCUCCGGGUAGCGAUGAUGAGGGUGAUGAUGCCGACGUUGCAGAAGCGGACUCAUCGUUCGUGGACAACUCCCCAGUAAAGGUGUCAAGGGCCGGCAAGCUCUUCCCACAAUUAUUCGAGGAGAGUCAGACCCUUGCAGAAGGCACGGGGUCGAAGGGCGACGUGGAUAUGGAUAUGGAAGUCGAUGGCUUAUUGAAGCCAGCCCAGGCUAUUAACGGUAUCAAACCAACGAAGUCAACCACACGCAGGACCGACUCAUCUAAGUCUGUUGUUAAAGCAUCGACAAAUGCUGCUUCAGUUUCCAAACUCAAAUCAACAGCGAUUCACGCCAACGACAGUUCAUUGGUAUCAGAGGCAUCAAGCAGCCGUUCAUCGACGAAACGCCCGCUGUCGGAUGAUGAAGCCGAUGAAAUAGAUCCUCAACCCAUCCUGAGAUCCAAAUCACCGCUGAUCCCUCCAUCCCCCCCUCCCUCCAGUGCUAUUUCAUCGUUCAACAGGCCAGGCAAGAAUGCCUCAAAGGCGAAAGUAACCACCAAGGGCAAGAAGAAGGCGAAAGUCGAAGGAGAGUCACUUACCGACGGCAGUGAUGAACUAGAAAUCGGAGCGAAGCUGAAAGUAGUCACCCGGAGUACCAUGCACUCUCAACGCGCAGCUGCAGAAGUAGUGGAGGAUGACAUCCUGUUUGAUUCUGACCCCAUUUUAGGAUAUGCACGUUUUGCUGUGCCUCGAGGACCCCUGCCAAAUGCUGCCCAGCAAGAAGACGGGCAUGUCGAAAUCGACCUUCCAGACGAACUUCGACGCGUGCUCGCAUUCCAGGUCGUGUCGAGCGGUCAUGUGUCAGAGGACCGACUCGUCCAGGGCUUAAUGUACGGCCGUCGAGUAGGACCCUACAACCCCGACAAAGGAGGCGAGAUAUGGGACGUUGGGGAGGAUAAUCACGCCGUAUCGGCUGGAGAUACGGAAAGCAACGUGGUGGAGGAAGAUGACUGGGAAGGAGAACCGGUGCCAUGGGAAGUGGGCGAGUUGUGA